UUUUUAUAUGGACAUGUAUUGCACAGGUUAAGGAUAUAAUAAUCAACACAGCAGCAGUAACGUUGGUAAUAUUGCACUUAUAUAAAUAUAUUUGAUCAUACAGAAAGCAUCACUCAUACAUGCAAAAAAUUAUGUAUAGUAUAUUGCUCUUGUAUUGCUCUUGGGGGCCCCCUAUUGGCCGUGGGGCCCUAAACAGGCGCUUAGUUCGCUAAUGCCUUGGGCCGGCUCUGCCUUUAACCUGUUGCGAAUUUGCAGACAGGUUCUUUUGUUCCGCAUGAGCCUACCUGUUGUAGGAGUGGGGCUUUAAUUGAUGGGACACACCUGAAGAGGAAGCUGCGCGGCGGAGAUUCUGUGCAGGUAAGACGAGCUGUGAUGUCCUCUCUUAUUGUUUUAACACAGCUAGGAAAAAAGUUGUUUAAUGUGUUGAAGGUUGGAGCCUGUAUAUGACUUUUACAGCUGAUUUUGUUCGGUAAAAGUGACACUCAAGUGUUAAAAUCGACGGAGAUUUUUGCCUCAUUUGCAUAUUGUUUCAGUGGCUGCAGGGGAGAGACUACGCCAUUCCCUCUGACUGUGUGUGUAUGUGACUUCUGUGCCCUCUGGUUACAUUACAGGUGAGAUAUGAUCUGUUUGUGUGAUUUUAUACACUCUGUUGCAUUAUUUAUUAAGAGAAUUCAGUAAAGAGUAUAUUAAUAGUGCAAAAUGUCCUUGUUUUUUAUGAUUCAAAAUGUGAAACAGGAGGUUUUUGUGACAUUAAGACAAUGGAUACUCUCCCACUGUUGUUAUUUCAUUUGUAUGGUUUACACUUGUGAAAAAAUGGGACAGUUUGUGACUCAUGUGCCCUCUCUUGUUACAUUACAGGAAAAUUAAAGUUGCAGAACCUGAUCCCUGCUUCCUUCAUAUUUACCCGCAUCCAUCUUGAGCCUACAACAACAUCAAAAUGAAGGUAUUGAGACUAUGAAAAUGUAAAAGUACUUUAAGUACUCUGAAAAAGAAAAAAAUCCAAAUUAAAUGUUUAUAGCUGACCACACUUAUGCUCUCUACUAACUCACUGCUUCACCAAACAAGAAUUUGGAAACAAAUGAAAUCUUUAAUGUGUAAAAAAUUACAAAAGUUUUAUUUAACAGGUUGAAAAAGUCCAGUUUUAGUAGGCUUGAUAGUGAUAGACGUCUACCACCAUCUUGUGGCCAAUCUUAUAAUUGCAGCGACACAGUUGACGUCAAGUUGAACGGGAUGGCUACCUACUAUUUCCGGUGUUUACAUUAAAUUAUCACUACAGUACUUGGGAUAGUUACGCUUGUUUUUCCUUCAUGGCGGAUAAUUUGUGGUCAAAUCUUGCUGUCUUCCUUUUUGCCAAUGAUGAUAAUAAAACUAUAUCAAGAGGAUCAAGCUUUGAUCACUUGAGAUAAUAUAACAGUUACCAGGCAUCGCUUGUUUUCACUGGGAUAUGAAGCAGUUAUGUUAAAGAUUAUUUGAGAGCAGAUAAGAUUAUAUGCGAAAAACUUGAUGUAUGAAUAAAUCUCUGCCGAGGCUUUUUAUUUCAGCCUCAAACUUUUACUCCAUUCGUGGUUCUAUUUGUUUUAUUUUGAAGAGUCACCGGAAGUUGAGAUUGAUUUUCUGUCUCGCAGACGUUAGCCGGUUAUCUUGACGCUCUUCCUGAGCAGAAGCGCAGCGUUUUCUUAUACCAGACUUUGUUUAACUCUCAAUAACUCUUCUCUUGUGUGUUUUUUGACCUCUUCAUGUAGCAUAAAUGCCGAAUUCGUCGCUCGAAGAUCCGGGUUACCUUGCUGUCAGCGUUCAUUGGUGAGUCAUGACGAUGUUUUAUAUUCAUGUGAAGUUGUAAAAAUAGACGCCUCUCCCUGUAACGGCUGUACCGUUACAUUUCCCUCAAUCUGAACCCGCUUUAAUAUGUCAACUUUGAAAGGUUAGAUUUGCUCCUCUCGGCCUGUUAUAAACGCUGACUUUGUAAUGUUUGUGUCAGAGUGGUGUAAACAUCAGUCUGUCUCUUUGCUGUGAUAAUAUUUCCAUCCAUGCCGAGCCGAGUUUUGCUUCCUGCUUUGUAAACUUCCUCUGCUGCUGAUGUGAAAGAAGCAGAAGAGAAACUCUGGCCUUUUUGAUCCUGUUACUUCACACGCAGUUUACACAGACAAUAAGUUUGUUUAUCUGCUCAUUUGGCUGCUUUAUAAAAGAUCAUUUUAUGUACUUUAACAUUAAGAAAAAGCAGCCUUAUUUAGUUAGCACAGGUAGAUUUGGGAGGCAUUUUAAGACACAUAAGAACAGAGAAAUUCAUCUCAGUCUGACAAAUUCAACUUUAGUUUUUAAUUUUUUGUUUAUUUCUAAAUAAAUAAAUAUUAUUAUUAUGGCACUUUCAGACAACAAAUGCAUUUCAAAGUUCCUCACAGAAGCUAAAAACAACAAUUAACACCCAUGAUUGGUGUUUUGGUGUUUGUUUGCUGUUUUUUUAUGGUUGUUGUAACUUCUUGUUGUAGUUUUUUUUGUAUUUAUUUAUUUUUUAAAUUUCCCUUCUUCUUUCUUAAAAUUUCUAAAAUGUUGUUUUCUGAUUUAUUCAUUUACGCGUGUUUGUGUGUGUAUAUGUGUAUAUGUGUGUGUGUGUGUGUGUUUGUGUGUUUGUACCUAUAGAUAGAUAGAUAGAUAGAUAGAUAGAUAGACAAAGCAUAGAAUAGUGCUUUAUUGUCAUUGUAACAAUUACAACUACAUACAAAAGUGCCAGAUGGUCAGUUCAUGAAUAAAAAUAUAUACACUUCAGUAAUAAAUACUCCAAUAACAAAAACACACACAGACAGUAAUAAACACUACAAUAAUAAAACACAGACACACACAUUUAUCAAACAGCCCGCCAAUUUGUAUUGCACAAUUCCACUUCAUAAAGACAUUGUGUUGUGGGUGAUUCAUAAGGCAUUGUAGUUAUUGUAGUUGUUGCUGUUGGAUAGAAACUGUUUUUGAGUCUGUUUGUUCUGGAUCUGGUUGUUCUGUAACAUCUGCCUGAAAAGAAAAACAAAAGGUGAUUGUUUACUAAGAGCACUUCAGUUAAAAUGAACAUUUGCAAUAAGAGAAAUAUAAAAAGGCGAUUAGUGAAAAGCCUGGUUAAAAAGCUGAGUCUUGAGCCAAGACAGUGAAUCAUGGAAAAGUGGGUCACUUUUAAUCCUGUUGGUUUUUAUUUCACACGCCUCCAAAUCUGCAAACACAGUCAUGGCAUCAGGACUUCCUCUCUGUGUUUCUCUGGUCCCCCUAAAGCUAGGCGAUGGACAGGGAGCAGAUCCAGGUGAGCGACGAAGAGCCCAAAGCCGUGCGAGAAGAGACGACAAGAAGGAGGAGGAGGAAGAAAGCCAUCAGCUCAUCCUCCGGCUGCUCCAUGGAUCAGAUCAGCGUGGAGUUUGUUUUACCCAGCGUGGUGCGAGGAGGGAGCAACCAUGACACUCUGCUCCUGGAGGUGGCUGGAAACUGGACGGUGGAGCAGGUCUCAUGAUUAAAUCCUGGUGAUGAAAUCGUGGAUUUAAAUGUUGAUCCAGUGAGUUUGUCUGAGCGGGUCUCUUGUCUUCCAGGUGAAAGCUCAGGUGUGGUUGAAGGCGGUGACUCUGAACCUCUGUCCUGACUUCUACCAGCGCUUAUCUCCAGACCACUGCAUCCUGCUCUACCAGAAGAAAGGCAACGUGUGUGAGAUCUACGACAAGCACCAGGUUUUCCAAACCCUGGACUGCAUCCGCUACUGGAGAGGUACCAAAUAGUGACAAAACACGCAUGCGGGGACUUCUCUUAGUUCGACAUAAUCCAAACACGUCUGCUCUGUUUUUUAAAGCGCUGAAGAAAGACGUGGGCCGGAUCCAGCUGGUUCCCCGACCGCAGCCCUCAGAAGAGUCCCAGCAGUACCAGCGCUACCUCAACUGCCUGAUCGGCUACGACGUGACCGAUGUUAGCAACGUGCAUGACGACGAGCUGGAGUUCACCCGCAGGAAGCUGCUGACGCCCCGACGCAUCGAGCUGUCCGAUCGUGACCCGAAGCUCUACUCCGUGGACCCCUGGGUGACCUGCAAACCGCUGCCUGAGCACCUCCUCAGUAAGGUGUGUGCAAUAAGAGGAUUACAGAAGGAACAAGCUUGAGGAUACUAACAGACUUUAAUUUGUAUUUAUUAUUAUUAUUAUUUUUUUGUUUACUUCAUGGUGAGACUGUAGUAUAACUCAGUGACUGAUAAGUCAACUUGAAACUCUGUUUCUGUUUAGAUUAUUAGAACAAUUAGACUUUGAGUGACGGGCAGGUAAUCUAAGAUUUAUGUUCUCCCUGCUCCCUUCUAACCAAUGGAUAAGAAAUGUUUCCUUGGCUGGAAUAAAAGGAAGGAAGACAGGAAGGAAGGAAAAAAGACAGGAAGGAAGGAAGGAAAAAAGAAAGGAAGGAAGGAAGACAGGAAGGAAGGAAGGAAGAAAAAAGAAAGAAAGGAAGGAAGGAAAAAAGAAAGAAAGGAAGGAAGGAAAAAAGAAAGUAAGGAAGGAAGGAAGGAAAAAAGAAAGUAAGGAAGGAAGGAAGGAAAAAAGAAAGUAAGGAAGGAAGGAAGGAAAAAAGAAAGUAAGGAAGGAAGGAAGGAAAAAAGAAAGUAAGGAAGGAAGGAAGGAAAAAAGAAAGUAAGGAAGGAAGGAAGGAAAAAAGUAAGGAAGGAAGGAAGGAAAAAAGAAAGUAAGGAAGGAAGGAAUGAAAAAAGAAAGUAAGGAAGGAAGGAAGGAAAAAAGAAAGUAAGUAAGGAAGGAAAAAAGAGAGGAAGGAAGGAAGGAAGGGAGAAAGGAAGGAAGGAAGGAAAAAAGAGAGGAAGAAAUAAAGAAAGACGGAAAGAAAGGAAGGAAAGAAAAAAGAAAGGAUGGAAACAUGAAAGAAAGAAAGAAAGGGAGGAAAAAAGAGAGAGAGAAAUUUUAUAAAGCUGAUCUUCAAACCAGUAAAUCUUUGUCUAAUAAAACACAAACAGUUUUGGAUGUUUAAUUUUUCUUUCUUAAUCUCAGUUUGUGACUCUGCUCUGUCGUUCAGGUCAGUAACGGUCACAUCCUGGUGGUGAUCCACAUCAGCACAGCCAGCCAGACCAUCAAAGUCUCCAUCGAUGACACUCCGGCACAGGUAGACCCAUGAAAUGAUGAGUGUUACUGACAUUUGAGGAAAAUUGUGAUUUAACGUCUGAUGAUUUCCACUUCAGGUGUUGGUGAGCUUUUUCACCAAGACAGCCAAUAAGAGAGUUUUACUGGGUAUCCCUGACAACAUGUGUGAGGCCGACUACGUGCUACGUGUGUGUGGAAGGUGAAACUUUGAUCCCUGUGUUUUCAAUUUGCAUAUAGAUAUAAAGUUACAGACGUUCGUUGAAAUGCAGUUGUUUUGAAACUCACACAGGGAGGACUACCUGUACGGGGAGAAACCGCUGCAGAACUUCAACUGGAUCCGUCAGUGCUUAAAGAGCGGGGAGGAGAUCCACCUGGUCCUGGAGAAGCCACCAAAUCCUGACUUGGAUCUGGUCCAGAAGGAGGAUUGGGCUCAGGUGGACGACUGCACAGGAGUGGCAGGUAAGAAGUCAAAACGAUGGCGGUUUAUGGUGUCCCUGAUGCACAAAUGUGGAUCUGCUGCUUAAAGGUACAGUGCGUAGAAAGUAUGAUCCUCCAUUUCUCAAGUUUUAAUUGAGAAGAAAAUGUCGUGUGCACAACAACAACAACAGCUCUCUUAGUUUUCUGUCUUGUUCCCGUCAGGUACCCACGAGCAGUUGACCAUCGAUGAGAAGGACCACGAGCGAGUCUUCACCGUCUCUAUGUGGGACUGUAACCGAAAGUUCAGAGUGAAAGUUCUGGGUAUCGACAUCCCGUCUCUGCCCAAGAUCCCAGAGUUCAUCGUCUUCAUCGAGGCCAGCAUCUUCCACGGCCAGCAGCUUCUCGCUCAGGUAAUCCAGACCUUCAUGAACGAACAGAAAACAGAGCUGUGAGAGAGGCGGUGAUUCUCUUUCAUGACAAGCAUCCUCGUUGGCUGAAUACUUUUCUAGUGAAGCAAAUCAGUAAAAAUCAGUAAGAGUGGAAAAAAUAUUAGUACAAAAAGCAGAAGAAAAAAAAUAGUCCGAAAAAAAGCAAAGAAAAGUGAAUGCAGUAUGCUUCCGUACAACUCUGGUAAACCUCUCUUUAAAAAUAGUUUUUCUGAGACAACUAUCUCAGUUGUGUUUUGGUUUUGUAAACGACAGUUUAGCAGGUUCAGACCGCCUCAUUUCCCUAAACACGUGGACUGUAACUCACCCUCUUUCUCUCUCUCUAUCAGGAGAGGACGUCCUCUAAAACCUUCAAUGAAGAAGUGCUCUGGAACUGCUGGCUGGAGUUCAACAUCAAAAUCAAGGACCUGCCUAAAGGGGCGCGCCUCAACCUCCAGGUGAACGAGUCAGUCAGGAAGCUCAGAUGUUCUGCUCCGAUGGUGGCUCAGAUGUUAACGUGUCCUGUUCUUUAAACCAGGUGGUCUGUGGGAAGCAGUCUCAGACUCCGAACUCCAAAGGAGGCUCAGUCUAUCAGGAUAACACGGCAGGAACAGGCAGCCAUGAUGGUAAGGUUUGAAAUGGAUUGUGGAGGCGGGACUUAGAGAGUUGGUCGGACAUGUCAGCGUCAUAACAUCCGUCCGUCUUCCCGUGUUUCAGGAAAGACCAAGAACCGCCUCCUGUACUACGUCAACCUCCUCCUCAUCGACCACCGCUCCCUCCUCCGCCAAGGCGAGUUCAUCCUCAACAUGUGGAAAAUGCCGGAGAAAGGCGAGGAGAGCAGCAGCAGCAUCAACGCGGACAAGCUCACCUCAGCCACCAACCCGGACAAGGCCUCCAGCAUGGCCAUCGCCAUUUUACUGGACAAAUACUGCUACCCCGUGGUGCUGCCCAAGAGUCGGGAUGUGGGCCGGGACGCCGGAGGCGAGGAAGCCGAGGUCGGGGAGCGGGGUCAGAGGGAGAUGCCCAACCAUCUGAAGAAACAGUUUGGAGCGAUUGUGGCGACUGACCCUCUUCAUCCACUCAGUCCUGAAGACAAAGAGCUGCUGUGGCACUUCAGACACGAGUGUAUGCGUGACCCCAGGUACUUGAUUUACGAGGAGUCACAUGAUAAAAGUUAAUUCUUUAACUUCUGAAUAUUUCACACAGAUUGUAAAUUGUCUCAUCAGGGCCUAUCCGAAGCUCCUGGGCUCGGUCAGGUGGGGAAAACAAGAAGACGUCCUGGCGACACACCGCCUUCUGGAGCGCAGCAGUGCGUGGGACAGCAGGUAAAAAAGAUCUGCCACACCUCCACUUCACGUGUCAAACCCCGACUCCCCUCACCUGUCAUCUCUCUGCUCCCGUUCAGCGGUCUGGACGUGGGUCUGGCCAUGCAGCUGCUCGACUGUCACUACUCAGACGCUCAGGUUCGCUCCAUGGCUGUCAGGAAGCUGGAGACUCUGGAGGACGACGACGUGCUCAGAUAUCUGCUGCAGCUCGUACAAGUGAGUGUUUCUGCUUUGGUAACAGAGUCAGUGUAAGCUGUCUUUAUAUUUGAGUCACCUUUUAAAUCCAUUUCUGGUUUCUGGACGACUGUCUGCUGAAAAAAUACUUAGUUUAUACUGCAUUAGUUUUUUGGCUGCAGCUUCUUUCAAAAACUAGAUAAAAUAAUCUGAAUUAUUUGGACGAGAUUAUCCUCCAUCAGCCAGCUUCAUCCCUACUAGCCGUUAUGUUAAAGGCUGUUUUAAAAACAAGAGUAUGAGGAAGAUGAAACCACUGAAGGGUUACUUCAUUAGGACCUUUCUCGCUGCUUAAAGCUCCUAUGAGGAAUUGUGUCAGUUUUGGCGCCCCCUGUGGACAAACCAGUCUUUACUUAUCUCGUCCUUAAUAUCUGCGUAGUGUCUUCUAACAGGAAAUCUUAGUCUUCUCACCUUUUUCGACAGUUAAAUUGAUCAUUUAGUGGAAAUAUUUGAAGUAAAAAAAUGUAAAAACAGAGCGACAUCUACUAGGGAUGGGCGAUAAACCAAAAAUUUACCGAUACCGAAAUUUAUGACAAUAAGCAACGUCAGUUUUCCCAUAUCGGUAUAUUCUGUGUCAAAAAAAAAGAUAAAUAAAAGUUUGUUUUGGAUGUGUGUAGGUAGGCUAUGGUCUCAUGUCAUCUAUGUCUCAUGAGGGGAAAGACAGGUGAGGAGAUGGAGGACGGUUCAAAAGUUGUAGCGGCUGAAGUAGACGAAGUUAAUGUGGGAGGGGGUGAGCAGCUUGUGGAGUAGUCAUUGUCCAUUUAUCGUUAUCGAGGUGAACUGAUCAAUAUAUUGUGAUAUUGAUUUGAGGCCAUAUCGUCCAGCCCUAUCCCAAAGUGGCGUCAAAAUGAAGCUCAGUCUGUUUCAUAACCGGCUAAAAUCUCCUCACUGUAGCUUUAACUCACUCAGACCCCCAAAAACUUUCAGCACAAAGCUAGAGCGUGUUGUAAAUAUUAGUGAAGAAAACCGCCUGGAAACAUGAAAUAUCGAGUCAGAACAUUGCCUUUACCGCCCUGAUUAAGUUUCUUCUUAAUCAGAACAUUUCCAGCCAAACUCACAGUUCUGCUGCGUGUUGUUUACUUCUUCAAUAUUCAGAUUAAAUGAUAAUAAAACAUGAAAAAGGUGAACUGCUCAAUAUAUCCUGAUAUUAUUUUGAGGCCAUAUCGCCCAGCCCUAACAUCUACCCUCUCCAAUCAGUUACAGGCAUUUAAAAUUACUCUAUUAAAGUAUUCAAACUUGUUGAAGAUGGUCUUGUUUGCUUUUGUUUAUCAUGUGAAGGCAUCAGCAUCAGUUUCAGUCAGAAAACUGGAAACACUGGAAACUCCCUGCAGCUGCUGUCCAGAGAAAUGACAGUAAUUAGACCUCAGAAUAAUCAUACAUCAGGGUGUAAUGUGCGUUUUCCUCACAGUGCAAACAGUCAGAGCUGCUUCCUCACUUCUGCUGUUUCACAGGCAGCUCAGCAGAGACACUCUGAGUGUUUAUCUGAUGUGUUUCCACUCUGGACUCUGUGGUGAGCUUUGCAUGAACUCGAUGAGAUAUCAGCUGAGGCCGACAAAGAGCUCUUUGGUCUGACAGGAAAAUGAUUCAUGGUUACACAGAACACUGCUGUCUCUGUAUGUCAUGAGCUUCAGAUGAGAUGUGGAGGGUUAGUGUGAAAAUGUACUCUGAGAUAUGUGCAGAAUGAUGUUGAUGCAUGGAAAAAUCAAUAAUACUGAUUCAAGUCAUUUUCUUUUUAUUUGAUAUUUGCUUGCAAAGAUUUUUAGUUGUUUGAAGGAAAUUGACUCAUCAUUUUUUAAGUUUUGCACCAUUUUGUCUAAAUUUUCUAGCUGAAAUGAGUUUAAUUGGACAAAAACGGCGUUCACACACACUUAAAGCUGAUGAUUCUCUCACAUUAAACACGUCUUUCAUAAAUAUCCUCACUGUUCGGUCUUUGUGUCUCAUUUCGUUCUGCAGGCGGUGAAGUUUGAGCCGUACCAUGACAGCGCCCUGGUCAGGUUCCUGCUGAAGAGAGCUCUGAGGGUGAGCGGGAACGACUUUUGAUAGAGAUAUCACCUGAUCUAAGUCUGAUUUUUUUGUUUGUUUUUUGUGUCCUCAGAGUAAACGCAUCGGUCACUUUCUCUUCUGGUUCCUGCGCAGUGAGAUCGCUCAGUCCAUGCAUUACCAGCAGAGGUACGCUGUCCUGCUGGAGGCCUACCUCAGAGGCUGUGGUGAAGACAUGCUGCAGGACUUUAAGAAACAGGUGAAAACACAAAAAACACGACCUAACAGUAGGGCUGGACGAUCAUGGCAAAAAUAAGAAUCAUGAUUAUUUUGACUGAUAUCGAAAUCACGAUUAAUAAACACGAUUAUUCAGUGAUUUUAAAACUUGAAUAUAACUUAAAAGAACAGCCAGGAAUAAAUUAGUAAAAAUCAAUCAGCUGUGUGAUCGCUGACGGUAACUUGCUAAUGCUAAUACUCGGCGCAUGUGUGCCCCGUGAUGCAGCGCCCAUGUGCACGCCCAUAUGCUAAUACAUAUGAGUCCGAGGAUAGAGCCAUGUAAAUUAAAAAAACAACUCCUUUUUAAGGUGUGGCGGCCUUUAAUCAGCCAUGAUGGUGCGCCACAAUCAAUUGCGUCCUGUUAAAACCCUGAAGUUGGUCGUGUUGUCCUGUGAAUCAGACACGACAGCGUGACAAACUUUGCGAACUAUUUCCUUUUGCUCGACGUACGUCAAACUGAAGCCAAAAUGUUUCCAGAUAACUGAAGUCUUUCACUUUUCUUCUGCCUUUCUGCCGUGUUUUCAAUCGCUCGCUCUUCAUAUUAUUGAUCCACACUCGCUUACUGCAGCUGCACGUGUAACAGGGGUGCAUUCAAGGUGUUUUUCCAGCUCUAUACACGAUUAUAAUGUUUUUAUGAUCGUGAGAACUCAAAAUCGAAAUCAUGAUUAGAACUCGAUGAGCUCUACUUCACAGUGUUUGUUCUAUGAAAGACAGGAAACGCUGCAGCAGGACACCUUUAUUAUUAUUUAUCAGGCGAAUUGAGAUCUGUGGACUGUACUGUGGCUUCAUCUGUGUCUGUGUCUUUGCUCUCUUAACACCUGGUUAAAUAAAGAUUUAAUAAGCGAGAACAGAUCAUCACCUGCAGCCUCCUCCAGGUUCAUAUUUGCAGUCUGCCUCGUCUUCUCCUACAGUAACUCUUUAAUGAAUCGAUGCUCUGCAGGUGGAGAUGACGGAGGCUCUGCAGAAAGUCACCCGUGAGAUGAAAGCGACGACCGCUGACAAGUACGACGUCACUGCACAAGGUGAGACGGCAGAUUAAACCUCUCCGAACUGAAAUGUCUCCCUGAUUCUUUUCCUAUUCUUCAUUUUUUUACAUGAAUGGCACAACAGCAGGCGAGCUUUUUAGUCCAGUGAGCAAAGAUUUAGUGGAAGUGUUGUUCUGUUUUUACCUGCUGCUCCUGCUGACAGGUUUUACCCAACGCUCUGGUCGGUGUCAGACAGUCAGCUCUUUGUUUUGUUCUUUAAUUUGUGAGAUGUGCUCUGGGCCUGACUUUAAGUCUGCCAAGAAGAAACACAAAAACAAAAACAGCAGUGAGGUGAAUUAGUGAAUCUGUCACCGUGUUCAGGUAUGAUGCAAAGACGUGCAACAAUCAUGUAAAAGUGCGUUUCCAGAGUUAAAACAGCGCUCUCUGUGUCGUUUGCCUCUCAGUGGUGUUUCAGCUGCGGCAGAAGUUGGAGACUCUGCAGUUGUCGGGUCUUCCGGAGAGUUUCCGAGUCCCCUAUGAUCCUGGACUCCGAGCUGGAGCCCUGCUGGUGAGUACAAACCGAACACACCUGUACCCCCUGUGUGUGUUUGUUAUAAAAUAAACAUGACAUGAUUAUGAGGCAGAAUAAAAGGAGAAUAACAGGUUCUGAUAAAGAAAGCCUCUGUUUGUGUGCUCUCAGAUCGAACAGUGUAAAGUCAUGGCCUCCAAGAAGAAGCCGCUGUGGCUGCAGUUUAAACGGGCCGACCCCACCACCCUGUCCAAAGACCCCAUCGGCAUCAUCUUCAAAGACGGAGACGACCUCCGGCAGGACAUGCUCAUCCUGCAGGUAACCGCCUCGAACACAGACAUCAGCUGACUGUUUAAUAACGACCGUCCUGAACUGUGUUUCCUCUCCUGUUUCCAGAUUCUGCUCAUCAUGGAGUCCAUCUGGGAGACCGAGUCUCUGGAUCUGUGUUUGUUGCCGUACGGCUGCAUCUCCACUGGAAACAGAAUAGGUCCGAUAUUCACAAAUGAGAUGAAAGUUACCGUCAGUCUGUGAUACUCACCUCCCUCCUCUUUGUUUUUGCGUCACUUUCAGGGAUGAUCGAGAUCGUAAAAGACGCCACCACCAUCGCUAACAUCCAGCAGAGCGUCGUCGGGAGCACCGGAGCUUUUAAAGACGAAAUCCUCUAUCAGUGGCUGAGGGAGAAGUGUGUCAGCGAGGAGAAGGUAAACAUCACAGACGGAUAAUAACAUGAAAAUAGUUCUGAUGUGGAUCUGAAAAUAUUUAAACUUUCAGUUCGACUUUUCUAAAUGAGUAAAAUCUCAGGAGGAUUUUUUUUUGUGUGGAAAUAAUUUACACAACAUUUUCUGUUUGUGUAGUUCCAGCAGGCUGUGGAAAAGUUUCUCUACUCCUGUGGCGGCUACUGUGUCGCUACGUACGUCCUGGGUAUUGGAGAUCGCCACAACGACAACAUCAUGAUCACAGAGUCUGGUAAAAAAAAAAAAAAAAAAACUGUUUUUAUCUGAAGAGAUUAACAGAUUGAAAUUAGAGGUUUAAAAAGUCAGCUGAUCUGCUUCGUGUUCCUGCAGGAAACCUCUUCCACAUCGACUUCGGCCACAUCCUGGGGAAUUAUAAGAGUUUCAUGGGAAUCAGUAAGGAGUGGGUUCCCUUCGUGCUCACGCCAGACUUCCUGUAUGUCAUGGGAACGUCGGGGAAGAAAAGCAGCCCCUACUUCCAGAAAUUCCAGGUGCACAAACUGUGUUUUCUUCAUGCAAGCUCAAAGAAAACCAAAUAUCAGUUCAUGACCGGAUUAUUUUCAUCAAACAUCCUUCAGAGGAAAUCCACCAGACCAGGAUUUGCCUGUUGAUAUUGAAGUCAGAGGACGUGUUUAUGGGGGUUUCCAUACUGCUGCACAUGUUUUGCAUUUAUUGAAAUGAAUGAAUGAGUUUAAGACUCUGUGUUUGUGUCUCAGGAUGUUUGUGUGAAGGCUUACCUGGCUCUCAGGCACCACACCAACCUGCUCAUCAUCCUCUUCUCCAUGAUGCUCAUGACAGGUACGACUCUCCUUUUUAAAAUACUAAAAUAAGAGAUUUUUCAUUUAGAAUUAGUGAAAAUAAAAAAUUUUAAACUCAGUCUUAGUUUGAAAGUUCUCAGAUUUGCAUCUAAACGGUGAAGUUCUCGGUCUUGGCGUCCCUCAGGUAUGCCCCAGCUGACCAGCAAGGAGGACAUCGAGUACAUCCGCGAAGCUCUGACCGUCGGCCGCAGCGAGGACGAAGCGCAGCGCCACCUGCUGGACCAGAUCGAGAUCUGCAGGGAGAAGGGCUGGAUGGUUCAGAUCAACUGGUUUGUUCACUUGGUGCUGGGGAUCAAACAGGGUGUGGAGAAAAGGUCCACUUAGGACGAAAUGAGCUUCAGCUUCAUACUCGAGAAAGUUCUCAACAAAAAAAUCAUGAAAGAAAAACUCACGUUCGCUGCUGAAGAGGACGAAUGGUUUAAGUUAUCGGCAUCAUGAGGAUUUUAUCCUGCAGCACAGGACGGACUGCUGCUCUUCAAAAGCCAAGUGAAAUCAGAGUAAAACUAUUGUUGACAUCUCUUUUACACUUUAAUACAGAAACACCUUUUUUAAAUCCUUUUUAUUCAUCAAAACACGACCAGCAAACAACGAGGGUGAAUCUGGAUCAGAUACUCACUUUUCGCUCCUCGUAUGAAACUUAAACUUGUGUCUUUUUUUAACCUGCCACAGUGAUGUCAUUUCCUGCUGAGGAAACACACUUCCUCUUACACUUCCUGCUUUGCUUUAAAAAUAGGAAACAUGAAACACUGGAUGUUAAACUUAGACUGGCUCUUUGUAACGGUGGGGGCGGUUAGACUUCUAACUUUUUUAUCUCUAUAAUUUGUAAAAAGAUUGAAUAAGUUGGACUCUCCUGUGAUGAAAGUUUUAUUUGCACUAAUAUCUUCCAAAGAUCUUAAUUAUGGAGCUUAAAAAGUUUAAAAAGUAUGAAUUAAAAGUUUGAGACUCUUAGCACAUGUUGGUCUGUGCUGCAGUUGUGCGUCAGGAUGUAAGAAUACAAUAUACCAAUGAAGCUGAAAUGCUUGAUCCUGAUUGGCCCACCUGCCCUAGCAGCAGUCUGUUAUUCCUCGAUAAUAUAACCUCUACCUUUGGUUUAUUGUUCUCUGUUGUUCACUUCACAUAAAUAAUCCACACACUGUCUUUUAGUCGUUUUAAAGUCGGUUAUGAAGCGACAAUAAACACAAACUGGUAUGAGUAUGUUUGAAAGAAGCUUCGUCAGGAGGAUGCUAAUGUUGUUGUUUUUGCGAAAAGUCUCAUUUUUAAUGUAAAAAUGCUUUUAAUAAUUAUGAAGAUGGAGUAACUUGAACAUGUGGGUUUUUCUAUGUAAUUAAAUCAGACAAUCAGAAUUAUAUAAUAUAAAUUCAAGUGAAAUUAAAGUUGUUUUUUUCA